AUGGAACUCAAGCUGUCAUUCGCCGCCGAUACUCCUCCACUCGCCCUCCUUGCCGCCGCCAAAAUCGCCGGACUUUCUUUCACCACCGACAAGACUCUCGCUCCCGGUUCCCCGCCGGCCCUUCUAUUAUCUAACGGACAAAGGCUGCAGGGAGCACAUGUGCUUCUGAGGUAUGUUGGUCGAGUUGCCAGCAUUCUAAAUUUCUAUGAGCGGGAUCCAUACGAGUCAAGCCAGAUCGAUGAGUGGCUAGACUAUGCUCCCAUCUUUGGUAUUGGCUCUGAAUUUGAGGGAGCUUGCAGCUGUGUGGAUAAGUACUUAUUGCAACGUACUUUUCUAGUUGGUAACAUUUUGUCAAUUGCAGAUAUAGCAAUCUGGGCAGGCCUUGUCGGAACUGGUGUGAGAUGGGAAAGUUUAAGGAAAUCUAAGAAGUACCAAAAUCUUGUUCGGUGGUUCAAUUCAGUAUCUGCUGAAUAUGAUGCUGCAUUGAGUGAAGUUCUUCAAACAUAUGUUGGGAAAAAAGGCUCUGGAAAGUCAGUAACAUUGACAUCAAAGGAGCCGAAAGCUUCAAAUACUCAGUCAACUGUAGUGGAGAAUGGUGUCAAUUUAGAUGAAACAGCAGGAAGCCGAUCUGCAUCUGAGCUGGAUCUUCCGGAAGCUGAGAUUGGAAAAGUGAAGUUGCGUUUUGCUCCAGAACCGAGUGGAUAUCUUCACAUUGGUCAUUCCAAAGCUGCAUUAUUGAAUCAGUAUUUUGCAGAGCGGUACAAAGGUCAGGUGAUUGUACGCUUUGAUGACACAAACCCGGAUAAAGAAAGAAGUGAGUUCGUGGAAAAUCUUCUGAAAGAUAUAGAGACCUUGGGGAUUAAGUAUAGCUCUGUAACGCAUACAUCAGACUACUUUCCCCAGCUCAUGGAAAUGGCCGAGAGAUUGAUACGUGAGGGUAAGGCCUAUGUUGAUGAUACGCCACGGGAGCAAAUGCAGCAUGAAAGGAUGGAAGGCAUAGAAUCAAGGUGCAGGAAUAACAGUGUGGAAGAGAACUUAAAGUUGUGGAACGAAAUGAUUGCCGGUUCUGUGAGGGGUUUGAUGUGUUGUCUCCGAGGGAAAUUAGACAUGCAAGAUCCAAACAAGUCACUUAGGGAUCCAGUGUAUUAUCGCUGCAAUUUGACUCCUCACCACAGGAUUGGGUCCAAAUAUAAAGUAUACCCAACGUAUGACUUUUGUUGUCCGUUCGUUGAUGCCGUGGAAGGUAUUACACAUGCACUUCGAUCCAGUGAAUACCAUGAUCGUAACGAUCAAUAUUACAGAAUUCAGAUGGAUAUGGGAUGCAAAAGGGUUCAUAUAUAUGAGUUUAGUCGGCUUAAUAUGGUUUAUACACUUCUUAGCAAGCGCAAGUUGCUUUGGUUCGUUCAAAACGGAAAAGUUGAAGGUUGGGAUGAUCCGCGUUUUCCUACUGUCCAAGGAAUAGUGCGCAGGGGUCUGAAGAUCGAAGCAUUGAUACAGUUCAUUUUGGAACAAGGGGCAUCCAAGAAUCUCAAUCUCAUGGAAUGGGACAAGCUCUGGGCUAUAAAUAAGAAGAUCAUUGAUCCUGUGUGUCCCAGGCAUACUGCUAUCACUGAAGAAAGACGUGUAUUGCUGAUUCUAUCUGAUGGCCCCAAAGAUCCUUUUGUACGCAUUUUACCGAAGCACAAGAAAUAUGAAGGUGCUGGGGAGAAAGCUGUUACUUAUUCAAAUAGAAUUUGGAUAGAUUAUGUUGAUGCUGAGUCAAUUUCAGUCAGUGAGGAAGUAACUCUGAAGGAUUGGGGUAAUGCAAUUGUAAAGGAAAUCAAGAAGGACCAGGAUGGAAAGGUCUCAGAGCUAGUUGGAGUUUUGCAUCUUGAAGGAAAUGUUAAGAAGACGAAGUUGAAGCUCACUUGGCUGCCGGACACGAAUGAGCUUGUCAGACUCAAUUUGGUGGAUUUUGAUUAUCUGAUUACAAAGAAGAAGCUUGAGGAAGAUGAGAAUUUUGUGGACGUGGUCAAUCCAUCUACAAAGAAGGAGACUCUAGCACUUGGGGAAUCCGAUAUGCGGAACUUGAAAAGUGGAGACAUCAUACAGCUUGAGAGAAAAGGGUAUUACCGAUGCGAUGUUCCUCUCAUUCGACCUUCAAAGCCUAUAGUUCUGUUUUCCAUUCCAGAUGGCAAGCAGCAAACGAAUGACAUGCUUUCUGAUGAAUGCCUUCGGGAUUCUAGGAAUUGA